UAGGCGCACUAGAGCUUCGAGCCCUUGCUAUGAGUGGAACGCGCCAAAACGAAACUGUCAAAUUCAACGUAAACAAACCAGCGUUCUACAGCUGUCUCGUACUUUAUGCGAAGUAACGGUCUUCUUUCUCUCUCACACCUGUCAGGGCUCGAAGCCCGCAAAUGCGGGGGGUGCUUCAGGGGAAAGGGAAAGGUAACGCGAGGGCUCGACGCCCUGUUUAGUGGAACACUACAGCUCCUGACGUUGGCUGAAAAGCACCUAAUAUAUGUGUUUAUCUGUCACUUUGAGACCACAGAGAUUCUUAAGAUUACUCGAGGUUACUCUGUGAAAUUACUGUUCAAAGUAUUUUACACUAUCGAAGGAAAAACAGAAGUUAAAAAGUUUUUGAACUUACUUUGACAAAUUCUAACUACCAGAAUGCUCUACAAGGACAUGUUCAAUAAUUUACCUGAAUACUGGACUCCGAGGAAUUACACCAGACUGUAUGAUCCUUUGGUAGAAGUUCCAGUGUACUCGGAGGAGUACAGACAAAUUUUUGAUCAAUAUGAAAUUCAAGUGCAGCCGGGCCCUUUAUAUCGAAUACAAAAUCCACAUUUAUUCCACAAGUUUAUGCUGAAGAAAAAUGAUUAUGCCAUACGAGGUUCCUAUCAAAUUGUUGAUCUUUUUCAUGAUACAGUGCAGGCCAAUGUGAAUUCUAUCAUCACUUACAAUAUUGAUUGGAAAUAUGGGGAGAGGCAAAGAUAUGGACCUGGGGUCUAUUUCUCAACUUCUGCAUAUAGAGCCCACAAAAGGUCUAAUAAGAAUUUUGGCCCACAUAAAGCAAUGUUCUUGUUUGAUGUUCUAGUGGGUAGAAUUCAAUUGGCAAGAAAAGGAGAGUAUCUUCCGGAUUCUGGUUAUGAUACAGUGCUUUCAGAAGAUAGACAAACUUAUGUGAAGUAUUUUGACCAUGAAUAUUAUCCUAAGUAUGUGCUAUACUACACUGAAAGCACAGAUUAUUAAUUUUGAACGAGAGAGAGAACUCCUUGAAAUUAUACGAAAAAAUCAGACUGACAAAUAUCAGAUAAGUUUAAGUUAUCAUUUCUAUUUUGUUACUAUUUGGAUCUUCUCUGAAUUUUAUUCUAAGAUGAUGAAAUUUCUAUUUUUUCUUUGUUUUUCGUUAUCUGAAAAAAAAAUUUUCAUCCUUAUAUCUAUUUCAAUAUUAGUGUUAUUUAUUUUGUUAGGUAGUUAGAUAAGAAUAAAUAUUUUUGUUAUUAUAUAAUAAACAUUUUUAAUGUUCUGAAACAUGAUAUGUAAAGUUUGUGAUACAUGUUAUUUAAGGAUAAUAAAUUACUAA